UUACCAUAAGCCAGCCUCAACAAAACAUUACAGCUAUGGAGAGAACAAGGUGCAUGUUACUCCUAGUACUCUUACUGAUCAUCUCUCAAUGGCCUUGUCCAGCAACAGCCUCCACCGAUCAAUCGGCUCUUCUUGCUCUCAAAGCAAGUUUUAUAUCAGAUCCUCGUGGAAUCAUCACCACCAAUUGGACUGAAUCAAGCUCAGUCUGCUCCUGGAUUGGUGUCACUUGCAGCAUUCGCCAUCGUCGUGUAGCUGUGCUGGACAUCUCCCGAAUGAAUAUCAGCGGCACUAUCCCCCCUCAUUUGGGGAACCUGUCAUUUCUAGUCGCGCUCGACCUCAGCUUCAACCAAUUUAGUGGUAGUUUGCCUCAGGAAUUGUCUCGGCUUCGCAGAUUGAAGGUUUUGACUACUUGGGUAAACAGCUUUAGUGGGGAGAUUCCGCCAUGGCUUGGCCUUUUAACUAAGCUGGAGUUCUUACAAUUGAGAAACAACAGCUUUACAGGUUCCAUCCCAACUUCCAUCUCCAACCUGUCCAGCCUGCAACUGCUUGAUUUCAGCUUCAAUUCUUUACAAGGGACAAUUCCGGAAGAGCUGGGGAAGCUCAGUAGUCUUUCACAUUUGAGCAUGCAGUAUGAUCGUCUCGUUGGUCCAAUACCAUCUUCUUUAUUCAAUGUGUCCACCCUGCAUACCAUGGCUUUAACAGGAAAUCAAUUGGAUGGCAAUCUUCCCCCUAACACGUGUCGCAAUGGUUCGAUUGUUAAAGGACUUUACCUUGGUAUGAAUCAGCUCAGUGGUCGAAUCCCAUCAUCUUUAUUCAAGUGUUCUCAGCUUCAGAUUUUGGGUCUGUCCUACAACUACUUUAGUGGAGAAAUACCCGAAGAAAUUGUCAAGCUGCAAAAUCUAAGAACACUGAGUCUAGGGGGCAACGAUUUAACUGGUGUUAUCCCACCAAACAUCGGAAAUCUUCACAACUUGGUUGAGUUCGCCAUAGAAACAAACAGGAUUUCAGGUCCAAUACCCCUAAGUCUCUUCAACAUUUCUUCUCUUCAAAGUAUCUUAAUGCAGGAUAAUUAUCUUGCCAGGAGCCUCCCCAGAGAAAUAGGCAAUCUUUCGAUGCUCAACUCCUUAUAUCUCUCAAAGACAAACUUAACAGGAGUUUUACCUAAAGAAGUUAGCCUCCUUUAUGGCUUGGAGGAACUAUCAUUGGCGUAUACUAGCCUGUCUGGAGUGGCAGAAGCAGGGGUCUUCAACAUGUCUGCUCUUCGAAUUCUUUCACUUUCGAAAACUGGCAUGGCCGGCAGUCUUCCACCAAGUAUAGGCUAUGGUCUUCCAGCUAUUGAAACCUUUCUCCUUGAUGAGAAUGACCUUACUGGAGAAAUACCUCACUCUCUCUCUAACUGUUCCAAUCUCCAGAUCCUCUCCCUCAAUAUCAACAAUUUCACUGGUUUUAUACCUCACUCUCUUGCCAACCUAAGACAACUUCAGAAACUUCAAUUGGGCUACAACAAUCUAAGGAUUGAGUCAUCCACCCAGGAAUUGAGCUUCAUUACUUCUCUAGCUAAUUGCAAGUCUUUGACUCACUUGGGGAUUGAAGUCAAUCCUUUAAAUGGCUUCAUUCCAACUUCAAUUGGAAAUUUAUCCUCACUGCAGGAAUUUAGUGCCUCUGAUUGUAGAAUCAAGGGUGUAAUUCCUGCAGAGAUUGGCAACUUAAGCGAGUUAGUAACACUUCGAUUACGUGAAAAUGAAUUGACUGGUGAUAUACCUUUUGAAGUCAAACAUUUGCAUAAGCUUCAAGGAUUGGAUCUAAUGAACAACAAGAUGGGAGGAUCCAUAGAGGCUCUGUGCAAUCUACCAAGCUUAGCUACUUUAUAUUUGAGCCAAAACCAAUUUUCGGGUCUGAUUCCAGAAUGUCUUGGACGUGUUACAUCUUUAAGGAUACUUUUUCUUGAUUCUAACAUGCUGACAUCAAGUAUACCUUUGAGCCUCUGGAGCCUCACAGAUCUACUGGCAAUGGACCUUUCCUCAAAUUCAUUGAGUGGGUUCAUAGCUCCCAAGAUUGGUAAUUUAGUGAGAUUAGACUUUUUGAAUCUUUCUAUGAACAAGCUGUCUGAUUCUAUUCCAAGCACAAUUGGGAAGUUGGAAAAGAUAAAAAGACUUUUUCUGGGGCAUAAUGAACUAAAAGGUUCGAUCCCUAUAUCCAUGGGGAGCAUGAUUGGUUUGGAAACCUCAGACUUAUCUUACAACAGACUCACUGGUUCAAUCCCAAAGUCUUUAGAGACACUGCAACAUCUCAGCUACUUCAAUGUGUCAUUUAAUUCAUUAAAAGGAGAAAUUCCGAGUGGCGGUCCAUUCAGAAACUUCACUGGCGAAUCCUUUAAAGCUAACAAAGGAUUGUGUGGCAUUGAGCAGUUCCAUGUCACACCUUGCUCGAAACAUGGAUUGAGGAGAAGGGCUCUCUUGGCGAUUUUUAUUUCCUGUGGAGUGACUGCAUUAAUCAUUGCUGCCUUGGCUUGUAUCUUUGUUGUAAGGUAUAGAAGAAAAGGUAAAGAAGAAAGUAGAUUUAAUGAGCUAACACCUGUUUUGCUGGAGAGAGUUUCCUAUUAUGAACUCUUGAAAGCAACUGAAGAGUUCAGUGAGAACAACUUAUUAGGCGUGGGGAGUUUCGGUUCUGUUUACAAAGGUGAUUUUGGAGAGGGGAAGAUCUUAGCUGUGAAGGUGUUUAACUUACAAUCAGAAGCUGCUUUCAAAAGUUUUGAUGUGGAAUGUGAUGUGUUCCGCAGCAUUCGUCACCGUAAUCUCACCAAAGUCUUGGGCAGCUGCUCCAAUGAGGAAUUCAAGGCAUUAAUACUCGAGUAUAUGCCGAAUGGAAAUCUUGAGAAAUGGCUGCAUUCUCACAAUAACUUUUUGGAUGUCUCUCAGAGAUUGAAAAUAAUGAUCGAUGUUGCCUCUGCAAUGGAAUAUCUCCACAAUGGUUGCUCACCACCUAUUGUCCAUUGUGAUUUGAAGCCAAGCAAUAUCCUGCUGGAUGUGGAUAUGGUUGCUCAUGUAAGUGACUUCGGAAUCGCCAAAUUGUUGGGCAAUGAGGACAGCAUCACACUGACUAACACCUUAGCAACACUCGGUUACAUUGCACCAGAGUAUGGUUUGGAAGGGAUAGUUUCGACAAGGUGUGAUGUGUACAGCUAUGGCAUCAUGUUGAUGGAAACUUUUACUGGCAGAAGGCCAAAUAAUGAAAUGUUUCAAGGAGAUUUGAGCUUAAAAAAAUGGGUCGAAGGCUUGAUUCCAAAGUCGUUGGAUGAGGUAAUCGAUGCCAAUUUAGUGAAUCCAGAGGAGCAUAGAUUUGACAAGAUAUUGCAAUGUGUGGCAUCCAUUUUAGAGUUGGGUUUGAAGUGCGGGGCAGAUCAUCCAACAGUUCGGAUGAACAUGAAGGAUGUAGUUGUAGAGCUGCACAAGAUCAAAUGCCAAUUAGCUGAGUGAUAUGAUACACUCUUCCGAAAAAUUGAAUUGUGGUGAACUCUCAAUUGUUUGCAUAUCUCAAAAGCUGCUGUAUUGAAGUGCUGUUAUAGGUGAAUCUGAGUAUGUUGCUAUGUAAAUGUUCAACCCACUUAAAUGUUAUAUCUUUGUAAGAAAAAAUGAUUCUAUAGUCUAUGAAAGAAUUGUCCACAGAACAGUUACCAGAAAUAAUCAUUGAGACUUUUUGUUG